AUGGCUGAUGAGGAUGAAAGAUCACAUUCUCAUGAUCAAGGAACUCAACCAUCAUUUCCAGCGAUUCCUCCACCACCCUUUGAAUCUCGAACAAUACCAUUCGCUGGCAGUCGGAUCGAGUUUUACUUCGAGAACGCUGAUGGUCAGCUGGUCACUGCCAACAGAUUCCUGUCAGAGGAUCUCCAGGACAGACUCAGUGGUCACGUGCCUGACCUUGGCCUUUCACAGGUCUCGCCUGACAGGGAGAUAACCUCCCGCCAUCACGAGCCGAUCUGGACCAAGACUUACUUCCCCUACGCUGUGGCGGGUGUGUCCGUGGGGCUCGUUAUCUUGAUAGUGUUUGCAAUAUACUUCUGCUUCUGCUGGAACUCCAAAGAGAAGAAGGAGGUGGACGAGGAGGCGGUGGUGGGCCACUCUAUCUACUACCCAGCCCUGAAGCCAGAGCUAGCCGAGCCCACCCCGGUGCAGCCUGACUCCCCGGUUCCCACCUUCAGUGCUGCUGGCUUGUCGACCCCUGUGCCGGCGCAGCCGAUACGCAUCAAAGCGAAAGGGCUACUAGAGAGACGUGGCUCAAAUGCUUCCCUGACACUGGACUUGAACCCGACCAGUGACCUCGGCCGCUGGGAGGGAACUCCACCGAAAGAAAGCACUGCUCUUGAGUUCCUCAUGUCUGCUGGCAAUCGUCUGAGUAGACGAGACUUGAGAAAUGCUGUUAAGCACACCAAGAUCUUGUAUGAAGAAUUUUGGGAAAUCCCCAUGAAUCAUACAGAAAAGGUGUCUGUUGCUGGAUCUGGCAUGAAGAACAGAUACAAGACUAUCAUUCCAAAUGAACACAGCAGGGUAGUCCUGCCUGACAUCGACAACGACCCACUUAACUCCUACAUAAACGCCAAUUAUAUCAGGGUGAGAGUCUUUUCUAACAUCAUUCAGUCAUAUUUUACAUGCUCCUUACUUGUUUUUAGUGUAUUUAGGUGGGUGCUGCUUAAAGUGAACAUGAUCCUCAUUUAUAAGCCGUGCACUGAUGCCAGCUUGUUUACUUGUAUGCCAGAUGGCUACAAUUGUGUCUUUCUGAUUUCAGAUGAACACAGCAGGGUAGUCCUGCCUGACAUCGACAACGACCCACUUAACUCCUACAUAAACGCCAAUUAUAUCAGGGUGUAAUGGAGAAAGCCACAGUGUUCUACACUACUGGUAUACCGCGUGGCCUGACCACAAGCCACCAGACUCUCCCCACAUGUUGCUGGACCUCAUCAAGGAGGUAGAGCUACGAAGGUAUCAGACAUUUGACCUCUUGCCCCGGGGGCCCGUUUGUGUGCACUGCAGUGCUGGCAUUGGACGAACGGGAUGCUUUAUAGCUAUCAGCAUUGGUAUCCGACAGUUGCGAGAGGAGCAUUCAGUGGAUGCUCUGGGCAUAGUGUGCUCCAUGAGAAUAGACAGGGGUGGGAUGAUCCAAACACACGAGCAGUACGACUUUGUUCACCAGGCUCUGGCAGCCUACGAGAGGGAACUCGGAGAACCGUCAGUGCAGUCAAUCACAGCACUCACCACAGAGAGCGUUACUACUCCGUAGCCCUCCACAUGUCAACUUCUCAAAAACAAUCGCUGAAAGUGCAGCUGCUUAAUUGAACUUAGCUCAUUCCCUGAAGUUGUGAGAUUUUUUUAUACCUCUAAAGCUUGUACAAAAAUACAUAGAUUAUUUCUUUACUGUUUUUCAAAUUGAAGUUCUGAGACUUUUAGUUUGAUUUAUGGACAGCCCUGCAAGAAUUGAUGAGACUGCUGUUCUGUGAUACACAAAGGAAGUAUUUCAUAAAACUUUUAUGCCAUCAAUUUGGUACC